GGCAGAAGCUAAAACUGGGAAGAGCUCCCAGUCGCUCCCAGUCGCGCACGCAUCUGCAGGGGCCGCACGCAUCUGCAGGGGCCGGCACCCACCAUGAGGCUUCUGGUCCUGAUAUGGGGCUGCCUGGUCCUCCCAGGCUAUGAAGCCCUGAAAGGGCCGAAGGAGAUCAGUGGAUUUGAAGGUGACACCGUGUCCCUGCAGUGUACCUACGAGAAGAGGAUGAGGGGGCACAGGAAGUAUUGGUGCCGGCAGGGUGGCCUCCUGGUGUCCCGCUGCGGUGACAUUGUCUACACAAAUCAGAACCAGGAGGUGACUCGAGGCAUGAUGUCCAUCCGAGACAGCCCCCGAGAGCUCUCAAUGACCGUGACCAUGAGGCGACUUACCCUGAAGGACUCGGGGAAGUACUGGUGUGGGAUUGACAGACUGGGCCUCGACGAGUCUUUUGAGGUCACACUCAUUGUCUUUCCAGGAAAAAGGGACAGUCCUGUCCCUGCUGGUACCAGCUAUCCCUCUUCCCCCACCCCCUCCUUCCAGCCUCUUAUACCUACAAGGAGCCUGCAGCCCAAGGCAAAAGCCUGGCAGACUCAGCUCUCAGAACUGACUUCUCCUGGUCUCCACCCGACAGUCGUCACGGCCAAACAGGGGAAGACAGGGGUCAAAGCCCCUGUAUUCACCGAGGCAGCCCCAGCAUGGUCUACAGGAACCUCCCAGGUUCCCUCAGGAACCUCUCCAUAUGCUGGGAGCUCUCCUCACACCGCAACCCCAGCCCGAUCUGCAGGAACCUCCCAGGUUCCCUCAGGAACCUCUCCAUAUGCAGGGAGCUCUCCUCACACAGCGACCUCUCCUCAUGCAGGGAGCUCCCGCCCAGCCUUCUGGCCGCCCCUCACCACGCCAAAGGACUCCAAGGCUGUAGCCAGCAGCGUCUCCAAGCCAAGCGUGUCCAUCCCGAUGGUCCGCAUGAUGGCCCCAGUCCUGGUACUCUUGUCCCUGCUGCUGGCUGCAGGACUAAUUGCCUUUGGUAGCCACAUGCUCCGGUGGAGAAAGAAAGCUUGGCUGGCUACGGAGACACAGAAGAAUGAGAAGGUCUACCUUGAAACCUCGCUGCCAGGGAACGGCUGGACCCCUGAAGACUUGACCAUAGACCUUGCGGUGUCUCCUGAAUGUCUCGGACACCCCAACCUUUCUGCUGUGCCCUCUCCUGAGACACAGAAUCUCAGCCAGUCCACAGAGGAAGAGGCAGACCGGUCCCUGGACGCUGAGGAGGAGGUGAUGGCAGCCCCUCCCCUACAGAUGUCUGCGGAGGAACUGGCCUUCUCCGAGUUCGUCUCUGUGUAGCUGCAGAAUGCCCCACGGUCGGUCAGGCCUUGUGAAGCUGAGCGGCUGAGUCGGCGAAUUCUUGGGCUCUACUCACAGUCCACGGCUUUGUCCACCUUCCUUCCAGCUUUCAUGCCCUUUGAUGCCCACAUGGAGAAGUGUCUGUGGACCAUGGAGACCAGGAUGGUUCUUAACAAUGGAGCCAGAUGCCGGAACCUCCCAGAUAUUCUAAUCCCUGGGAAGAGUUCAUGGGUGUGGUCCUUCAGAUGAGGGCUGAGUUUGUGUGCGGUCCAGGAAAUCCCCUCGGUGUGGGUGCCCAUCAGUAGUCCCGCCUCCCAUCCUCGGCAGAUCCCACCUUCACCUCCCUCCAAUUCUCCUGCAUCAGGUGCUGUGGAGGAGACACAUCAUGUGUGUGUCUAUGAAACACCUGCAUCCUGGCCUUUUAAAAAAUAAUUAAAAACAGAAUUCUGCAGACCCAUCGAGACCCACCCAAACCAUCUCUAGUGCAGGCCCCAGGACUCCAUAGUCCUGACAAGUGACCCAGCGAUUCCUACACUUGGGCCUGAUGGAUCCUCACACCCUUUUAGCUAGAGUCGUCUUUCCUUCUUUCAUUGUGGGGGUCUCUUCUAUGCUCCCUGGUCCUAAAUCACGGUCCCAGCAGGUGCUUCCUGAUGUCUCCUUUGUCAAGCACACUGUGGUGACAGCCAGCCCAAGGCAGCCAGGGAUCAGCUAUUUUUCCAUUCUUCUUCUCCAAGGCCUUGUAUCCCUAACUUUGGGAGGACAUUGGAGGAUCAUGUCUAACCUCCCCAAGGCCUGUGGACAGCUCCGACUGCGCUUGCAGGACCCCCUCCCCUCCCCCUCUUGUAUUUGCAGAUGCUGGGUUUACAGAGGGGUCAUCUCACUGCGCCCUGCACACUGUACAUCCCACGCCCUCCCAUCUGAAGCAUCCCUCCGUGUUCUACAGACUUUGUACAAUAAACUUUCUCAGCUGUGUAGUAUUUCA